GUUCAUCGAAACACCGUUCUCAAUUUUUCAUGGAAUGACAGCACAACAAACGCACCGGGAAUUACCCUUGCUGCUGGUAUACCCGUACUUGCUACCGCUGGAAUAACCGUCAAGGCAAGCCUGCAAACUGCCUUUAUGCAAACUGUUGAAAACCAUGAGUCAUAUGAUCGACUUGACACGUAUACCGUCCAGCCAACAGCGAGUUAUAUCGAAGAUUGUCUAGAUCAGAAAGAGCUGAAAGCCUAUGUGAAAGGCAAACCAUUCUGGUCCAUGUUCAUGGUUACAGGCAUCAAGGUUGCCCGCACAGGGAUAAGAGAAAUGAGAGAAGAAAACGCUUUAGUUGUUGACGUUGGCCCACAACUGGACGCUUUUGGUCUUGCUAGUUUAACAGCUACUACAAAUAUCAAGCGGGCUACUUCAAAAAGCGCUUCUGGGAAUUACACGAGGGAUUUUAUCUGGGCUAUUCGACUUGCCAAAGUGCACAAGGGGCUUUUGGUGAGGGAUUGGUCUGUUGCCGCAUAUACCAGGCGAGCAACAUUUGACGACAAGGAGGGUGAUGCAGAUGUUGAGAGUGCUCUGCAAGGUGAAGGAAUGGGCGAGUUUCAUAUUAUUGAUGACAAUGAGCUGGACGAGGCUAUCGUGCUGGACGAACAGUUUAUCUAAAGGCCACUACAGCAUCGCCAUAUACCAAUGACUAUAGAUUUGGCGUCUC